AUACAAAAAAUCACUUGCGACGAUACGAUGAUUAUCGCGAUAAAUACUAGUGAUAAAAGCAAACGUUAAUUAAUUAUAAUGUAAUAAUAUUAUCUAAUAGGGAAUUAACUUAUCUAGUGAUACUUGACGGAAUGCAGCAAUGUAGUGAAAUAUAUGCGUGAAACUGUGCAAAAAACCGGGAAAAGGCCACGUGGCUCCCAUCGCGCCUUAUUAGCAUCUGUAAAAGGAACUUAUCGGGUAUACCGGCCGACUAAUCAUGACAGAUCAUGGAAAUUUUCCCACCACGUAACUAGAGAUGGGCUGAUGCAGCCGAUUCGCGAUCAUGAUCGUGAUCGAGAAACGGUUAUUAGGUCGAAUACGUCGCGUCAUGAUCACUUCUCGACUUUUCAUAAGCGCGAAAGCUACUUUUUCGCACUGGAGUUUCCGUAAUAUUGUUUUCGCGCUUUUGUGAAAAAAAUCACGAAAGAGUGCCAAAUGAAAAUAGAGCAGGGUGUAGCAUAGCACAAAUUUACUCGACUCGCGUAUUUUUACUUCGCGCGAGUAAAAACGAUCUGCAACACGCAACACGCGUAACAUGUUCGCAGACGCGAACGAAUCAAAACGAUGGACGAGAGAUAAUAGGAUUCUUCUGAGAGCUGCAAAGGAUCUUGAGGAACGUCGCAGUCAUUACGAGCCAUCACUUUAUCCAGGAGUUCCUGAUGACACCGAUCAUAGUUUCAAAAUCGAAGAAAAUGACUUUGUACCUCACUUCCAACGGGUUUCCAUAUCCGGCGAGGAUACUUCCGGAGUACCUCUGGAAGACCUUCAAAGGGCCUCAAAAAUGUUGGUGCAGGCAUUGGCAAUACGCGAGAAAUACAUGAACAACUCUAAGCAGAGCUUUCCCUCAAUUACUUCUAGAUUCUUACGUAGUGUGGACAAAAGACCACUCACAACGGACGAUGAAGUUCAUCACGAAGAUCGAAAAGCUAUCGAAGGGAAAGAACUGCUGGAUAUUGUGAACGAAAUCAGAGAAGCUCGGUCCGACGCGGACAUCGACGCGCUGAUCAAAGACGUCUCUCGGACAGAUCAUCCGGUACAUGCGCCCGCAUCUCGGGGCGAUCCCUGGGAAUGUGAGUUUCCACCGGCGAAGAACUAUAAGAUUGUACCAGUCAACGGUGUGUUCAAUAUGUUCGCCAACGACGAGGACCUGGCAAAUGGCAAACCACUUCCGUAUUCGUAUCCGGAUAUGGCGACCUUCGUCCAAGAUAUGAAUCUGCUGUGCGCUAUGAUCGCCGACGGACCCCUGAAGUCUUUCUGCUAUCGAAGACUGAGUUAUCUCUCCUCCAAGUAUCAGUUGCAUGUACUAUUGAACGAGCUCAGAGAGUUAGCGAGUCAGAAGGCGGUGCCGCACAGGGAUUUUUAUAAUAUUAGGAAGGUCGAUACUCACAUACAUGCGGCUUCGUGCAUGAAUCAAAAACACCUGCUUAGAUUUAUCAAGAAAACGUUGAAGAAUCACGCAGACGAAGUGGUCACUUGUUCCAAGAACGGAGAGACUAUGACGCUACGGGAAGUUUUUCAGUCUAUGAAUCUAACGACUUACGAUCUAAGCGUUGAUAUGUUGGAUGUACACGCAGACAGAAAUACAUUUCACAGAUUUGACAAGUUCAACGCAAAGUACAAUCCAAUCGGCGAGAGUCGUCUGCGUGAAGUUUUCCUGAAAACGGACAAUUAUUUGAAUGGCAAGUACUUCGCGAGAAUAAUUAAGGAAGUCGCAAGUGAUCUUGAAGAAUCCAAAUAUCAGAAUGCGGAACUGCGUCUUUCGAUUUAUGGCAAGAGUCCAGAGGAAUGGGACAAAUUAGCCAAAUGGGCGAUCCAAAGUGACGUUUCUUCGGACAACGUGCGCUGGCUUAUACAGAUUCCUAGAUUAUACGAUAUCUUCAAACUGAACAAGCUUUUGACGAAUUUUCAAGAGAUCAUCAACAAUAUCUUCUUGCCGCUCUUCGAAGUGACUAAUGAUCCCCAUUCUCAUCCGGAGCUACAUAAAUUUUUACAAUAUGUAAUAGGUUUGGAUUCUGUGGAUGAUGAAAGUAAGCCGGAAAAUCCUCUCUUCGACAAAGACGUUUAUCCACCUGCGGAAUGGGAUGACAUAGAAAAUCCUCCGUACGGAUAUUAUCAAUACUACACUUAUGCGAAUAUGGUGGUCCUCAAUCACUUUAGAGCGGAACAAGGUUUGAAUACAUUUGUUCUGAGACCUCAUUGUGGCGAAGCCGGACCCGUUCAGCAUUUGGUGUGCGGCUAUAUGAUGGCGGAGAAUAUUUCACACGGUCUGCUGCUCAGAAAAGUUCCUGUGCUCCAAUAUUUAUAUUACUUAGCUCAAAUUGGCAUCGCAAUGUCACCGCUCAGUAACAACUCGCUUUUCCUAAACUAUCAUCGUAAUCCGCUUCCGGAAUAUCUUGCUAGAGGACUAUGUGUGAGCUUAUCUACGGAUGAUCCUCUUCAAUUUCAUUUUACCAAGGAACCCCUAAUGGAAGAAUAUAGUAUUGCGGCCCAAGUGUGGAAACUUAGUUCGUGUGACAUGUGCGAGUUGGCACGCAAUUCUGUUCUCAUGAGCGGUUUUCCGCACAAGAGCAAACAGUACUGGUUGGGACCUAACUAUACUAAGGAAGGAGUCGCUGGUAAUGAUAUCACGCGAACCAACGUACCGGAUAUACGGGUAGCUUAUCGGUACGAGACGUUAGUCGACGAGCUAUCUAAUAUCUUCAAAGUUGUAGAAAAACCCGAAUCACUUCCAUUUUAACAAAUUAUUAUUUGAGGUAUGUCAGAAUUGACAAGGUCAAUUAUCGCACGAUAGCAUUCUUAAGUUUAUGGAUUACAAAUUAUUUGUAUAUUAUUUUCGCGAUACUUUAUUCUUCUAAAUCGAUCAGAGGAUAUUUCUAUAAAGCGAGGUUGCCAAUGAAUUUUUUUUUAGGAUAUGUAACUGUUUCCUCUUGAUGUAUCAGAAAUAUAUGACUCGAAUGAAACUCGAAUAUCACUCGAAUUGUACUUUAUAAACAAAGUAUAAUCUUAAAUAAUUUUAUAAAUGUAUCUUUUAAAGAUGUGCGAAUCAAAAUUUUCUAAUUCGAAUCGAAUUGAAUCGAAUUUGCAAAAAAAAAAAAAAAAAAACGAA